CAAUCGAGCAAGAAGAAACCCAAGAAACAAGUGAAGAAAGUUAUGGGCCUACUAUGGCGAUAGAUGAAGUGCCGUAUACAGAAGAUCCCUGGGAUAAAGGAGUGACACUACCUUAUUCACCAAAAAAGGGAAUAGCGACGAGUACAGUGAUAUUGGCUGCAAUCUGUAUAGCACUUUUGAUCUCAAUCUGCAAUGUUUACUGUUUUGGGAAGACUCGCGGCUAUAUUUAA